AUGUCUGUGAUGAAAGUCCGGCUCACAGCAAUUGAUGCAAGCUCUGGUGGUUCUUUGUAUCUGCCACGUCGACAUCUGCCACUAUCAGCCACUGCAAUGACAAUUCUGACUGCACCACUUGUUCUGACUAUCAAAUUGGACAGUGCAUCCACCACCAAUGUAACUGCUCUGCCAGAAUGUCCUGCAUUUACAACAAUGAUUGUCAUGGGUAUGGUUGUGAAAGCAGUUUAUAUCCAACAAUGUGCUAACCUAGAUGGUCACUCUCGAUGUCUUUGUGAAGCAUCGUCACCAUCCGCCAGACAUGAAUGUGACCAAAGUUUUGACUGUAUUAAAUGCCACGACUAUCAAGUUGGCAAGUGUAACCACAACCAGUGUACCUGCUCUGCUGAAAUGCCAUGCAGUUACAACAAUGAUUGUCAUGGGUAUGGUUGUGGAAGCAGUUUGUAUCCACAAUGUGCUAACCUAGACGGUCACUCUCGAUGUCUUUGUGAAGCAUCAUCACCAUCCGCCAGACACGAAUGUGAACAAAGUUUCGACUGUACUAAAUGUCCCGAAUAUCAAGUUGGCAAGUGUAACCACAACCAAUGUACCUGCUCUGCCGAAAUAUCCUGCAUUUACAACAAUGAUUGUCAUGGGUAUGGUUGUGGAAGCAGUUUAUAUCCACAAUGUGCAAACCUAGACGGUCACUCUCGAUGUCUUUGUGAAGCAACAUCACCAUCCGCCAGACACGAAUGUGAACAAAGUUCCGACUGUACUAAAUGUCCCGAGUAUCAA